AUGCAUAUAUGCGUUAUAUAUUUGCAGGAAGCUGAGCGUUUCAUAACAUCGCUGACGAAGCCGAGUUCCCCUGCGGAUGUCAGCGCCCAGUACCUUGAAAUACAGGGAAUCUUGUGCCUCAACCAGAUUUUGAACUGUAUACUGUUGCUGGCCGUCGUUGGUGCCGGCAGACGGGCGUUGGGCGGAGCCGCUUUUGAAAGGCCCACAACAAAUGCAGUAGACUUCCCGCCCAACAGCCGCACGCGCCAACGUGUAAGUGGCAUCUCUCAGCUCUGCGAAGACUUCGUGCAAGUGAAGUCUUCCGUCAAGAAGAAAAUGCCGCUACACGUGCAGGGGAACAAUGCAUACAUUUGA